CGCGCUUAGUUUCAGACUCACUGAAUCUAACGAUAUCCAUAACCGAAACCCCAAGAGAUGGAGCAUACGAUCUUGUUUCUCGUAUUGUUUCUCAGUUUUCUUGGCUCUCGUAGUGUCGCCGGAGUCCAGAUCCUUUCGAAAUCGAAGCUCGAGAAGUGCGAGAAGAGUUCGGACUCCGAUAAUCUCAACUGCACCAAGAAGAUCGUCCUGAAUAUGGCGGUCCCAAGUGGCUCCAGCGGGGGUGAGGCCUCAAUUGUUGCAGAAGUUGUGGAGGUGGAGGAGAACUCAACUAACAAGAUGCAGACUCUGCGAAUACCACCAGUGCUAACUGUCAACAAAUCUGCUGCAUACGCUAUGUAUCAGCUAACAUAUAUACGGGAUGUUCCCUAUAAACCCCAGGAGUUAUAUGUUAAGACACGCAAAUGCGAGCCAGAUGCUGAUGCAAAAGUUGUGAAGAUGUGUGAGAGGUUAAAAGAUGAAAAAGGUCACUUUAUUGAGCAUACCCAGCCAACAUGUUGUCCCUGUGGGCCACAGCGGCGGAUGCCUUCAUCAUGUGGAAACUUUUUUGACAAGUUGAUGAAAGGAAAGGCCAACACUGCACAUUGUCUCCGAUUUCCAAGCGAUUGGUUCCAUGUGUUUGGCAUUGGACAGAGAUCAUUGGGAUUCAGUGUUCGUAUUCAGGUCAAGACUGGAUCUAAAAUUUCGGAAGUGGUUGUGGGUCCUGAAAACAGAACAGUAUCAUCCAAUGAUUUCCUAAGGGUUAAUCUUAUUGGUGAUUUUGGCGGAUAUACAAAUAUACCGUCAUUUGAAGACUUCUACCUCGUCAUACCCAGGCAGGGUGGCUCUGACCAACCACAGAAUUUAGGGAGGAAUUUUUCUAUGUGGAUGUUGCUUGAGAGGCUGAGAUUUACCUUAGAUGGCCUUGAAUGUAACAAAAUUGGGGUCAGUUAUGAGGCAUUUAAUGGACAGCCAAACUUUUGCGCUUCACCAUUUUUGAGUUGCUUGCAUAACCAGUUGUGGAAUUUCCAAGAGGCUGACCAGAACCGAAUUAAGAGGAAUCAGUUGCCACUAUAUGGUGUUGAAGGCAGGUUUGAAAGGAUAAACCAGCAUCCAGAUGCAGGGACUCAUUCAUUCUCCAUAGGAGUCACUGAAGUUCUCAAUACAAAUCUCUUGAUAGAGCUGAGUGCUGAUGACAUAGAAUAUGUUUACCAAAGGAGUCCUGGAAAAAUCUUAAGCGUCAGCAUACCAACAUUUGAAGCCCUUACUCAAUUUGGAGUGGCUACAAUCACAACUAAGAAUACUGGAGAAGUGGAAGCAUCAUAUAGCUUAACGUUUGAUUGCUCAAGAGAUGUCACUCUCAUGGAGGAACAAUUCUUUAUUAUGAAGCCGAAAGAAAUUACAAAUCGAUCAUUUAAACUCUACCCAACCACCGAUCAAGCUGCAAAAUAUUCAUGUUCAGCAAUACUAAAGGACUCUAAUUUUGAUGAAGUCGAUAGAGCCGAAUGCCAAUUUAGUACUACAGCUACUGUUCUUGACAAUGGAUCACAGAGCACUCCUUUUCAACCACAGAAGAGCGAUAUAAAUGGUUUCUUUGAGUCCAUUGUAAGCCUUUGGAACAAACUAUGGAAAAGUUUGGUAGACUUCGUCACAGGAAAAACUUGCAGAAGGAAAUGCUCUGGAUUUUUGGACUUCAGGUGCCACAUUCAGUACAUAUGUAUGAGCUGGAUAGUGAUGUUUGGUCUAGUGUUGGCAAUUUUUCCUACUGUGCUUGUUCUACUAUGGCUUUUACAUCAAAAAGGACUCUUUGAUCCUCUUUACGACUGGUGGGAAGAUCAUUUCGAGACCGAUAAUCAGAGUAGCAGCAGGGAUAUCCGGAGGCACAAAAUUGAUCUCGACAACCCUCGAAUUCAUGUUCAUAAACAUCGUGAGCAUCCGAGGCACCAUAAGCACAGUGCUCAAUAUAAGCGAAGAAGCAUUUACAAUGAACGAAGGCAUAACCACUCCGACAGAGAGACUGAUUACAAUUACUAUCUGCAUCAUGUUCAUAAGGACAGGCACAAGCACAGCCGCAAUAAGAAUUUAAGUACUAUUCAGCAGCGGAAAGAGGAAAGAGAGACUAUGAAAGGAUUGUUAAAAGCAAGCAGACAUUAUGAAGAGAAGCAAGAUGAACUUAUCAAGCGCAAACGUGGGCUGCUGAAUGACACACAGUUAUAUCAGCAUGCAAAGCGGAGAGAAUAGUGGGGCUAAAAAUGGUAUCAUCUAUAAAAAUUUUAAUUCGUUUCACACAAAUUUUGGAGAACCUUAAUUAUUCAGUUUCUUUUCCUCUGAUUU